AUGGAAAAAGCGAAAGACUGCUUGGAGGGAUGUCCACCAAAUAUGGAGGUUGCUGAUUGGAUUUUUGAGAGUUUGAACCGUCAUGAUCGUAAGGCUGUAAUUCGCGAUGGACUUGUCUCCGGUUCUUACUCCCACUGGGAAGUCUCGCUUGGACUGCAGAAUGUCUAUGUCCAACCAGGUAUUGGAAAGGAUAAUCGUGAUGAGAACAAGGACGUCAAGGAGAACAAGGAGGAGUGA